CGUCACGUUUGCAGUAUUUUACCGCGCACCGACCUCUACGCACGUCAGCAAAAUACGCGGCGGUCGAGAUUGCGAGUAAUAAACCGUGUGUCCGACGACGCAGACCUACGAUAUAAUUCCGACAGUGGCCGUUCGAUCCGAGAGCCGUCGUCCACCCUUCCGGUCCUGCCCGGUAUAACGUCCGGCCACAUCUACACCGGAAAUACGCAUCGAUCUAGAUUAUAUUAUAUAGGUACGGGCGCGUGAAUCGCGGAUCACCACCGAUUGGCGAUUUUUUUUCUCCGCUCGGCACUUAGUCUCCCGCGGCCGUUGGCCAUGUGCAGGCCGGCCAGUGCUGCGGCCGUGAAGUGCCUAGUCGCUGUCUUCGCGGCGGCGGCGGGGGUGGCAGCGGUCACGCAACACCCUGUGACGGUGGUCGUGUCGUUCGACGGUUUCCGACCCGAUUAUAUAAAGCCCAACGUGACGCCGUACAUAGCCCAGUUUCAGAAGGCGUCGGCCGCGCCACCGUACAUGCGGAGUACGUUCCCCACGAAGACGUUCGUCAACCACUUCACCAUGGCCACCGGAAUGUACUCCGAUAAGCACGGCGUGCUAGACAAUUACAUGUUCGAUAAGCACUACGAUACGAUGCACUACACGUACGAGCAGUUCCACUACGACGAUUCGGUGGUGCCCAUCUGGAUUCAUAACGAAAUCAAUGGAGAUGGACGAUAUAGCGGUGUGAUGAUGUGGCCAGGAUCUGAAUUUGCGUAUCAAAACAAAUAUCCUACUCAUAUUCAAAAAUACAACAGUUCAAUGCCUUGGACCGAUCGUAUAGACAAAAUCAUGUCAUGGAUUAAAGACGAAAAUAAACCGGCCAAUUUAGUGUAUGCGUAUUUUGAAGAACCAGACCACACUGCUCAUUUAAGAGGAACCGACUCACAAAAGACAAUAAAUCAAAUUGUGAGAGCAGAUGCCACUCUAAAGUAUAUACUCGAUCAAAUAAAACAUGAAAAACUAGUAAACAAAAUAAAUCUCAUUAUUCUCAGCGAUCACGGGAUGGAUACAGUUACGUAUAAUCGAAUGAUACACUUAGAUGAAUAUGUGUCCAAUACGACUUACAAAAGCAUUUUGUCAGGCCCUAAUGCGUUCAUACAUCCAAAUCCGAAUAAAUACGAUGAAGUUUAUAAAAAUCUUUCAAAAGUAGCCAAUACUUCCAGAACAUUUAAUGUAUUUAAACAAGAUCAAUUACCCGACCGUUGGCAUAUGAAAAAUAAUACUAGGUUGACCGAUAUUAUUUAUUUGUUGGCUAAACCUGAAUAUGCGUUUUGGGAUACAUAUUUUGAAUUUAUUUUAAACGGAACAACCAAGGAGAAAUUCAAAAUAGGGGCGCACGGGUACGACAACGCGGAACCGCAGAUGCGAGCCAUCUUCAUGGCUUCCGGACCGGCGUUCAAGAAGAACUACUCCGCUGUGCAGUUCGACAACGUGGACCUUUACCCGCUGAUCAGCCGGAUCGCAGGCCUAACAGAGCCGAGCCGACGGAUUGACGGGACGAUGAAGGGCGUUGAACAGCUGCUGUCCGUCGGCGCCGCCCCCACGUCCACGCCGCCCGUCAUAGGUAUAUUGUCAGCUUUGUUACUACACGUGAUCGCGCGGAGUCUGUGAACCCAAAAACCACCCGAAUACCCCCCCAGUCAGUGGUCGGACCAGAAAUUCGUCUUAACGCAAUAACAAUUAUAUUCCGAGGUCCUGAUUUUCGGGUGGGGAUGAAAGGGUGGUUGUCUCGUCUCGUCCGCGACACUUUUUCCAGUCCUGUCAACUAUAUUAUACAUAAAGAUAAAACUAUUUUGAUACUGUCGUUCGAUUCAUCCUUUUCAAUAAUAUUAUAUUAUCAAUUUAUUAUCAAAUAAAUAUUUAUACGAUUUAUGUAUUAUAACGAAUUCGGAAUUACAAACAUACAAAUUCAUCACGUGACCCUUACAUGUGCCUUGUCAAAAUAGUGUCUCAGGUGCGGUUUUGUUUAUUCUAACAAAAUUGUAAUACCUUAAGCGUAAACAUAUAUUUUUUAACUUAAUAGAUAUUAAAUUCAUACGCACCUUAUUUCGAAUUCGUGUAUAUCUCGUAUUAUCGUUUUUUCGUUUAGUCAUAGUACUUAGGUAUUACUUAUGUAGUAGGUUUAGUAAAAUAGGUUCAAUAAUAUGUAAGUAUGUUAGUUAUAUUUUUUUUUUUCAUUAUAUUAUUAUGAAAUAUUAGUUAUAAUAUUUCAAGAUUUGCAAAACGAAAUCUCUCAAUCAUAUUUGUAUUUUUACUUACUAAAGUUGUGUACCUAAUUAAACAAUGUAUCUUUGUUAUAAUGUAAAAGCAAAAAUAGUACAUAAUUUUUUUUAAUAAAAUUAAAAUAUAUAAAAUAAUAAACUUAUCUGCAUUAUAUUCGUCAUCUUUCAUAAUAUAUAUUUUUAUUUAUGCAACUAUGUUCUGCCAAAAAAAUACAUAUAACAU